UAAUCUGUGAGUAAUCGUCCCAAUCUCGUGCAUGCGUUCGGUUGCCAGGCCAACUGCAAGUUUAUUUAAAUGGUUACAGUCUCAAAAACCUGGGUCAUAACGAAAUAUUUGGUCGAGCUUAUAAUAAAAAUGGUCGUGUCGCUACCAAUUUUAAUCGCCCUCGUGGUGGGGGCCAGUUUAUACUAUGUUUUUAUUUCGAGGAGGAAAAAUAAGGGGAAACUUGAUGGAAAAAUCCCAUCAGGCCCGUGGGGUCUCCCAUUGUUCGGAAACAUGUUACAACUCGACAAAACCAGCCCAUUCCUCCAGUACGACAAGUGGGCCCAGAAAUACGGCGAUAUUUUCUCCGUCACGAUCUUCGGAACUCCCACUUAUGUUGUCUCUGAUCCCAAAAUGGUGAAGGAAAUGUUUUCGCAAGAACCAGCUUUCGCAGGGAGGUUUAAUGUCGGGGAUGAUGUCCCGUUUAAUGAAUUUUAUCCAACUUCCGGAAAAGUUCAUGGAGUCAUAAACACGGAAGGGAAGGACUGGGAGGACAUUAGAAGAUUCACGCUCCGCCAACUGCGAGACUUUGGAUUCGGCAAGAGCACGAUGGAGGGCUUAAUCAUGGAGGAACUUAAGGAGGUAUUGGACUGGAUGAAGUCCAACGAGGGCAAACCCCUCACUGACAUUAAGGCCAAGAUGACCAUCGCCGUGGUCAACUCGUUAUGGAUGGUCAUUUCUGGCAACCGGUACAAACACGACGACCCAAGAAUAUUAGCGUUGUCGCACGACCUCACAAAGGCGAUGGAAGAAGCCGCCUCGGAUGGCGCAAUAGUCUUUCUGUUCCCCUGGUUGGAAAAACUAGGGUACAAAGGGUUCACCUCGUUUCGAAAUUACGUCGACAAAAUGCGAGUCGUAUUCACCCGGGCGGUGGAGGAACAUAAGGAAACUUAUUCGGCGGAUUAUGCAAGAGAUUUUAUCGACGUUUUUCUUAAAGAGGUUAAAUCAUGUAAGGACUCUGACUCCGCAUUCUACAAGGAUUUUGGAGAGCGUCAAUUAAUCACCGUCGUCAAGGAUUUAUUUGAAGCUGGGACAGAAACCUCGUCCACCACUCUGUCUUGGAUAUUCCUCUACAUGGCCACGUUUCCCGAAGUGCAGAAGAAAAUGCAGAAAGAAAUCGACGACAUGGUGGGAACGUCGAGACUUUGCGGAUUGUCGGACAGGCCGAGUCUCCCCUAUGUCGAAGCCUUCAUCGCCGAGGCGCUCCGCUUCUCCUCCAUCGUUCCCGCCGGUGUCGCACAUCGCGCCCUUUUCGACGUGGUUUACAAAGGAUAUGCCUUCCCAAAGGGGACCGCAAUCUUUCCCAACUUGUACGGAAUCCAUUUCAACCCCAAAAUCUUUACGGAUCCACAAAGCUUCAAACCUGAACGAUUUUUAAGCCCGGAUGGAAAAACGUUUAAGAAACACGAGGCCCUCAUGCCAUUCUCGAUUGGGCGACGACAAUGCGCGGGCGAAACUUUGGCGCGAGAUACGCUCUUUCUCUACACGGCGAAUAUCUUUCAACGAUUCUUUGUCAAGUUUGACCCCACCGAUUCGAACGCGAAUCCAGGCUUGAAGACGUCUGCGUCAUUUCUGUUGACCCCGCAACCUUACAAGAUCGUCCUGAAGGACAGGUUAGCUUGAUUAGUACAUAUUCAGGUGGAAGGAUAACCCCAGACUUCACUGUACUUAAAUUUUUCAUUUUUUCUGUGAAUUAUAAUUCGAUUUCGAAAAAUUAUUUGUCUUCAAAUACUUACCAUUUAUGUAAAUAAUUCUCAUUGUUCGAGAAAUAUAAUUACUGGUGCCGACUAAACGUUUGA